AUGCAGCUGAUCCAGCUAUUUAUCUUCAGGACCAUCAGGGUGGACUCGGUGGACUUCACUCAGUGUGCGUCUCACGGUAGCUUCAGUCGCCGCUGGCAGGAAACUGUUUACAACAUGUUUCACUUUACCACGCUGUAUGUCGUCCCCCUGCUGGUGAUGAGCUGCUGCUACAGCCGCAUCCUGCUGCACAUCCACCAGCAGCACCUGAGAGACAAAGGUGAGUCGCCCCUGCGUCGCAGUGGCACCGACAUCAUCCCAAAGGCUCGGAUGAAGACUCUGAAGAUGACGGUGGUCAUCGUGCUGUCCUUUGUCGUGUGCUGGACGCCAUACUACCUGCUGGGGAUUUGGUACUGGUUCCAGCCCGACAUGCUGCGCAUCACACCGGAGUACGUCCACCACGCCCUCUUUGUGUUUGGGAACCUGAACACCUGCUGCGACCCCAUCAUCUACGGCUUCUACACGCCGUCCUUUAGGGCCGACCUCGCCGCCUGCUGCCGCUGGGUGAGGAGUGAUGCGGACCCUUCGUCCCAAUACAUAGACCGAAUGUCCACCAGAGAGGGUCCUCACAGCAGGGAGCACGAGCCGCAGCCCUCCACCAACAACCAGACUGCAGCAGAUCAGCCAAUGAAAGCACGUGACUUUAGCAUGUGACUUAUGCUUUGUGUCAGGUGAUUUUUAUUUGCAGGCGCCUGAGCAGAGUUGUUGCCACAGAAUCAGAAUAACGCGGUCAUUUUGUCUGCAUGUUGACUUUAUCAGUUUAGAUCACAUGGUUUGUCACGCCCUCCACAGAUGAUGCUCAGAGAGAAAGCGCUGACCUCUGACCCUUGUGUCAGGCCUUUAAGAGAAGUGACUGCAGUCAAACAGCAGCAGCAUGCUGAUGCCUCUUGAUUACAAAUUAAAGUGCAUCUUUUUUUCUCAUUAAUCUCAAUCAAUCAUUAAUCUCAUCUGAAUCCACAGAGCAGCUUCUAGUGUCUGGAUGACCUCGUCAGGGACACCUCCAAAAUGGACGUGCUCCCUCUGUGAACCACAGGGUGGAGCUCUAAGACAACAGGAUGUGUCUGCAUCCAGAGGCUGUAUAGGCGUGGCAUACAACAACAUCAAAUCUCACUCAUUCAGAGCUCAGCCUUCUCAAUCUGUUAGUAUGGUGACCUCACAGCAGUCAUGUUAUUGGUUAGAUGAUGUCUGACAGCACAAACGUGGUCCAGAGAUCCAGUUCAGCCAAGCGGACAGCGAGCAGCUACAGCUGCCUGUUUCACCAUCCACUUGUUAGUCAAGGAGGUCACGCCCCUAAUGAUGCAAGCUUUAAGCCUUAAUCCAGUUCAAACAGGUGACCUGUGGGGGCAUGGAAGUCUCUGGGGACUGACUCACUGGUACAUCUGCUGGAUGUUAGAGGAACUGCAGCUUUGGAGGUUCAAAUGUGACCAUACCCAUGAUGUGACUCAUGCAUGUUUGUUUGUGUUUCAGGUUUUUAGCAAUGUUAUCAUCCUUGGCAGUGUUGGGGUAGUUACUCAAGAAAAGUAAUGGAUCACACAUUAGCUUUUACUUUUCUUAAAAGUAAUGUAGUAACUUAUUUAAUUCCUCGCCGGAGAAGUAUGUUGUCAGACUACUGGUUACAUUACUUUCUGAUUUCUCUACAAAAUGACCUCAAACCCAUUGUUACCAGUUACCUACAGGCUACAGUCCCACACACCAACGCAAAGCCCUCCUAAUGACCGCACACAUAUGGACUUUGGUUUUUAGUUUAUCACUUAUUAACUCAAAUUAAAGAUGAGCUCAUAAGUUCAGGCUCUGGAUGCUGGGCUAACGUCUGCUUUAACAACACUCUGGGUUCUUGGCUAGCUUAGCGUUAGCAUGCCACCCGUUCACAUGUUAGCAAAGUGUCUGUAACGUGGGCUGUAUUCAGUGGUCGACAGGAGGCAGCUGACACACUCAGCAGGACAAUCAAAAGCUUGCAACCAUAGUGGCAGUGGGAAUUCCACAGUGUUUGUCCUUUAAUAAACGCCAACCUUAUAAGACUGGCUGAACGGCUGCGGUCUCAUCAUACAUGAAGUGAGCAGAGUUCAUACAACCAACAUACAGUUCAUACAACAUACUUUGAGUUAGUGAGGUAACGAUAUGAGGUCCAUGUGUGAGCACGCCGCUCUACAGAGGGCAGUGGUGAAUACUUGUGACAUCACUAAACAUCAACUUACGCUGUCUCAAGGAGACACCGCACUAUUA